GCGACAACUGACGGGGAAACCCAUAUUGGGCUUCCUCGCGAGCCCUCGUCGUCAAAGUCCUGGCCGUCGCUUCCUGUCGAGAGCACCCGCUCUUUUUUCUCUUCCUUUCGCUUUCGAGUCCCUCACCGACUUGAAGGCUUGACGUGUGCGAUUCGGCAGACCGACCGCCCCCGAAUCCACGCGACACGCUCGUGCCAGUGGCCUCAAUGCAGCCGCUGUCGUCGUGGCUCUCCUACCGCACGUUCGGUGUCGGCGAUCCCUUUGACCCCGAGCACAGGCUCGUCACCUCCCCGGUGCUCCCGUCCAUCGUCCUUGGCGUCCUGCGUCUGCUCUUCGCCAUCUACACGCUCGUUACCGUUUCUUAUGUGCUGCACUAUACUGUCGCCGUUAAUGGCAGCGCUACGUACUUCUUUCCGUACUUCACGGAUCUGACGUAUACCGGCAUUUGCUCAUACUUCUGGGCGUCGAGUGUUCAGACUCUCGCAUAUGCGUUGACUGGGAAGAAGAUGUAUCCACUCCAGAGGUGGCCUAGGGUUCUGCAGGUAUUGCACCUCAUCCUCUGGUCUACGAUUACCACGUUUCCUUUCAUUGUAACCAUAGUCUUCUGGGGGUUGCUCUCAGAUAGCAGUACCUUUGCUACGCUCUAUAGCCGAUGGUCCGCAGUCUCCGUACACGCAAUGAACACCGGCUUCGCCCUCUUCGAGAUUCUUUUAACGAAUGCAGGCCCAAGUGCGUGGAUCAAUGUGAUACCAGUGUUUAUAUGCAUUGCGCUGUACCUUCCCGUCGCGUACAUCAACUACGCCAAUACUGGGUACUACACCUACGCCUUCCUCGACCCAAGGUCCUCGCACGGUCUUCUCGCAGCCUACAUCAUCGGCAUCGGCGCGGGAACGAUCAUCGUCUUCGUCAUCGUACGCGGAAUCACCAUGCUCCGGCGCCAUCUCUCCCGCGGCCGCGGACUGUCCUCCGCCGGUGACGGCCCCACGCACGAGGAGAUCGACGAGUGGCAGGAGGUCGAGCUGGCGGAGGUGCCCAUCAGUCUCGAGAUGCAGGAAAGGGAAAGGGACCGCAAGGAGUCGAACCCGGCUAGUAGUACGGCUGGGGCCUCCUCGGCGGUGUGAUUGCGUUUGUGUGUUCUUUUUCUCGGUUGAUUGACUGUGUUACUGCCAACUUUACGACCGGUCAUGCCACGGACACCGUUUUCCUACGCAUCGCUAUCUUUGCUUUUCCGCUGCUGCUGUCACUAUGACAGUGCUCUGACUCGGCCUGCUGCUCGCUUUCGCUUUUUCCACAUACGUCAGGGCUUUGAGAGUGUUUGUUAAUGUCCGCUGUGUACGUACAUGACCUGUGUUGCAAUGUACUGCUUCAGAUGUGAUGUGGAUUACUUUCGACGUUCGUCCUGCCUGUUGAGUUUAGAGUUGGAUGGCCCCGUGUACAUAUAUGAAGCCAUGAACUCCGC